AUGGAGGAUGAAUCAAGCUCAUACAGUGAAGCUGAUCAUGAGCAUGCUGUCAUUUCCACAUUUGAUCUCUUCUCCAUCGGCAUUGGCCCUUCCUCAUCUCACACCGUUGGACCCAUGCGAGCUGGCAACAUUUUUGUCAACGAUCUUAUCGAGGCCAAUCUACUCCCCAAAGUCAACAAGAUCCGUGUUGCCAUUUAUGGAAGUCUUGCCCUCACUGGCGAGGGCCACAUGACACCUUCAGCUCUGUUGCUGGGUCUUGAAGGCAACGACGUGGAAACCGUUGAUACCGCAUACGUGCCCACCCGCUUUAAUGACAUCAAAACUACCAAGAAGAUCUUUCUCGGCCGCGGUCUAGCAGCUGAUGGAUCAAAGGGUAAGGAGAUCGAUUUCGACUACGAGAAGGAGUUCAUCUGGGAGUGGGGACGCAAAUUGCCCCAACACAGCAACGGCAUGCGAUUCACAGUCUUUGACAAAGAGGGCUACGUCCUCGCAACCAACGACAUGUUCAGCGUCGGAGGCGGCUUCGUCGUCAACGGUGCUCUCAGCAUAGCACCCCAACAAACUCUUUCUCCAAAUGACCCCGCGCAACUCGAGGACCCCGAAUUGGAGUCGGCGGCCCAUCCGGCUGAUUUGGCCGAAAAUUUGUACUACAAGGAGAUUCGGCGCUCCGAUGCCGCAGGGGAUCGCAGGACAGGUUCCGAGGUCAAGGCUCUAGACGAAGCCAAUGCGGGACCGACAGCUCUCCUCGGAGAGUCAGCUGAACCAACCGGACUCUCUACAGACGUCAAGUCAGAGACCAAGAGCACCAGCUCAUCGCCGCAUCCGCGGUAUGCAUUCCGAGAUGCCGCUAGUCUACUUUCUCUAUGUCGCAAGCACAACCUCACCAUCGCUCAGCUGGUCUAUGAGAACGAGAAGAGUCUGGGUUACACGGAUGAGGACAUUUAUCGCAAGAUCUUUAAGAUCUGGGGCGUCAUGGAUGCCAGUAUUCUGGAGAGUGUACAGGCGGCCCCUGGAACAAAACUCCCUGGAUCUUUGAAGCUGCAUCGACGAGCGCCCGCGCUUUACCGUCGCUUGACCCGAGGACUGUACCCUUCAUCUACUGCGGAUACAUCUGCUGCUCAGCUUGAGCACAAGUUCUCAGCACCUGACCCCAACAUUGGUGAGGAUGGCGCUUCUCCGCAACCUGGCGCUCUUACUUCGCCAUCAGGUAUUCUGAGCGCUUCGCCACCAGACAAGUUUGUGGCUGGAGCUCUCCGAAAGCGUGGACCUCCACGGAUACACGGUUCUUUGACCCAUCCUAUCGCUCCAGCUCCAUCGCGCAGAACGACAUUCCCAACCAUGGAUUACCUCUCCGUUUAUGCCAUUGCUGUCAACGAAACCAACGCUGACGGUGGCCGAAUCGUCACUGCGCCCACAAACGGUGCCGCGGGUAUCAUUCCUGCUGUGCUCAAGUACACGACUGAGUUCAUCAGUGAUGAUCCUGAGCGAGAUAUUCCCACCUUCCUGCUUACAGCUGCUGCGAUCGGUAUGCUUUACAAGCGAGGUGCAACUAUCUCUGCUGCCGAAGGAGGAUGCAUGGCCGAAGUAGGUGUUGCCUGCUCUAUGGCUGCCGGUGCCUUUGCAGCGUGUAUGGGCGCCAGCCCAGAGACCAUUGAGCAAGCCGCCGAGAUUGGUAUCGAGCACAACCUCGGACUGACUUGUGAUCCCAUUGGUGGUCUUGUCCAAGCCCCUUGCAUUGAGAGAAACGCGCUGGGGGCUACAAAGGCUAUUUCCAGUGCCAACUUGGCCCUGAGUAGCGAGACAGGUACUCAGCGAGUGAGACUGGAUGAUGCUAUCCGUGCGAUGCGUCUGACAGCCAAGGGCAUGAGAAACGAAUUCAAGGAGACGAGUUUGAGUGGACUGGCCACAAGUGUUCACAUUAAUAUUCCCGUCAGCGUCCCCGACUGCUAG